ACCAAGAGAGUAGGUCAGAAUUGUUAGUAUUAAAAGCUACCUGUCGAUCUAAUUUAAUUAACAAAUCAUUUAAUUCCUAUGCGAAGUGGUUAUUGUUAUUGCUUAUCUACUGAAAGUGAAACACCGUAUGAACUUGAUCUUCAAGAAUUUUAAACAGAACAAAAAUGAAUUGUGAUAACAAACCGUCUGAUCUUUAUCCUAACUGUGAUACUUCAAUAUGGUUGAGAUCGUGUGAAGAAGAAAUCACCGAACCAAUAAACGGUCGAGUGAUUGGUACAAUUCCGAAAUGGAUUAAAGGAAGUUUGCUGAGAAAUGGUCCCGGACGUCUGAAAGUCGGCGAUAUGAUGUUUAAGCAUUUGUUUGAUAGUUCGGCAUUAAUUCACAGAUUUCACAUCAACAACGGCGAGGUCACGUACCAAUGUCGAUUUAUUCAAACGGAAACAUUCAAAAAGAAUAUGAUCGCUAAGCGGAUAGUUGUUACCGAAUUCGGUACUUCGUCCGUUCCAGAUCCAUGCCACAAUAUAUUCCAACGUUUUUCGUCUCGAUUUAAGACGACGGAAAAGUCGGAUAAUACUAUGAUUUCCAUCUAUCCGUUUGGAGACGAAUACUAUUCGUUUACGGAAUCACCAGUCAUUCAUAGGAUUAACAUUGAAACACUGAAGACAGAGGCCCGAGUUUCUGUUAGCGAUUUUGUUGGAAUUGUCAGCCACACUUCGCAUCCUCAUGUACUUCCAAACGGAACGGUGUACAACCUGGGAUUGUCUGUUGACUUGUCGGGUCCUCGCUACAACAUUAUAUGCUUUCCGAACGGAAAGUACAUGUUUGACAAUGCACACAUAGUUGCAAGCAUUCCCAGCCGAUGGAAGUUUUUCCCGAGCUACAUGCACACGUUUAGCAUGACUGACAAUUAUUUCGUCAUUGUGGAGCAGCCACUGAGUGUGUCGUUGCCGAAUCUGGUGAAAAGUAAUAUAAAAAAUGAACCAAUGUGCUCAAGCUUCAAAUGGUUCGCCGAUGCUCAAACAUUUAUCUAUUUGAUAUGUCGUAAAAGAGGCCAAUUAUGUCAUACCUACAAAACCGAUCCAAUUUUUUAUUUGCACAUUAUCAACUCUUACGAAGACAAUGGUCAUGUCAUAUUGGACAUUUGUACAUACAAAGAUCCAUCAAUGCUGGAUUGCAUGUACAUUGAAUCGAUGAGAGAUAUGCAAAAUAACCCCAACUAUGCGAACAUGUUUCGGGCCAGGCCGUUGCGAUUCGUCUUGCCGCUGUAUUAUCGACAUCGACAAAUCCAAAAGACGCCAUUCAAACGAUCGCUCAGCUUGAUGAAUGUGAUACCGAAUAUCAGUACAAAUCGACGACUCAGCAAAUCGACUUCAUUCGACUUCGGGAAAGAUCAGCAAUUGAGUACAGUGAAUUAUAAAAAAUUGAAUUUUCAUUCGGAAAAUUUAGUCAAACUUAAAGGAACCACAUGCACAUCGUAUUUAUUAGAAGACUCAACGGUUUUCUGUGAACCAGAAAGUUUGUGCAGUGUAGGCUGUGAAACUCCAAGGAUACACUACGAUUCCUAUUCAGGCAGGAAGUAUCGCUAUUUUUACGCAAUAUCGUCUGAUGUGGAUGCUCCCAACCCUGGCACCUUAAUUAAAGUUGAUGUUGUAACCAAAACAAAGUUAACAUGGUGCGAACCGAAUUGUUAUCCCAGCGAACCGAUAUUUGUGGCGGGCCCAAAUUGUCAGAGCGAAGAUGACGGAGUCGUACUUGCUUCGAUGGUGUGGGGAAAAACUGAUGAAAAUCGAGUUGGUUUGUUAGUACUUUGUGCCAAAACCUGGACCCAAAUGGGUCGCUGUGAAUUUACAACUAAGGGACCAGUGCCGAAAUGUUUGCACGGAUGGUUUGCAUCCGAAAAGAAAUGAAUUUAUUCUUCAAAUAAAAAUUUAUUUACUUUUUCAUUUUUGUACAGUGUUUCUGGAGAUUCUAGGGAUUCAAUUUUAUUAAACUUUAUUUUGCAAUAUUUCGUCUUGAUAGAAAUUUUUACAGCUACGGUAUAUUUGCUCAUAUGCACUUCUAAAUCCAUGUAUACCACGAUCCUACAAUUUAAAAAAAAAUCAUUUAGGAAAAACUAAUCGACCAAAAUUUUAUGUCAAC